AUGCUACCCCCCAACCUCACACUACCUACGAAAGCCUGCCACAACUGCAGGAAGCGCCGCUGGAAAUGCGAUCGGUCCUUGCCGGUUUGCCACAAAUGCCUGUCUUCCGGUUCCGAGUGUCUAGGCUAUGGCAAGCUGUUCGUGUGGAACCAAGGCGUGGCCAGCCGCGGCAAGAUGAUGGGAAAGACAUAUGAAGAGAAGAAUAAGUCCACAAAGGGAAUUGUGUCUGUCCAACACCCAAUCACGUCAGAAAAUGAUAAAGCUUAUUUCUCGCUUGAGUCGCAAAGGCAGGAAGAGCUGCCAGUAAACAUUGAGGUUGAGGAAGUUCCUAGACAGGAGCCCGAGGCGACGGUACACACCGCCCUCGUUGACCCCCUUUACCAAGACCUAAACCCGAAUUCUCGGUACUACCUCUAUCAUUUCGUCACACAAAUAUGCAUGGAUUUGGUCAUAUACGAUGGUGGACCUGGCCACAAUCCAUUCCGCGAUCUUGUCCCUGCGACUAUCGCCUACCCUACGCUACUCCACAUCAUCUUGGCAGGCUCCGCUCAACACGUUUUCAAUAUAUCACAAGAUCCCAUUACUCCUUCAACAUACCAACCAGACAAAAGACCAUGUCUGGUGCAAUAUUACCAAUCCGUUAGUAGGUUCGGCGGACCGAUGAAGACAUCAUUCGCGGACGCUCUGCUCGCAAAGCAGCAAGCCCUUUCCCUUAUGGCAAAGUCCGUGUCAUCACUCACUCCAGCCAACGCGGAUAUCAUCUUAGCCACUAUACUAAUGUUUAUCAACUAUGAUUUGAUCGAAUCAGGUCGGGACAAGUGGAGGAUCCACGUUGAAGGUGCCCGGAAAAUAAUCGAGCGGCUUGACACUCCUCCCUACCUGCAGCAGCCGAUGAGCAAGCUACGACUGGCUGUAUUAACGGAUUUCCUUGUCUUUUUUGUAAUAGGCUCUACGUUCACCUUUUCCACCGCGCGGCUGCUGAUACCUGAAACCAUCGACCUGGAUCCUAUUUUGCAAUACGCGGAGACGAAUAAUUAUCUCUCCAUGCCAGGUCCGUUGCUGCGCAUUAUGGUAGAGUCUUUUAAGCUGGAAGAUACGCGCAAGCGCACCUCGGAUGACAUCGCCGUCCAUGUUCAGGAUCAACUAGGUAUCCUACUGAAGGCUGCUCUUGACUUUGACCCCGCGAUCUGGGCAUACAGUUUCGAACCCGCGUCACCCUUCGAAGAUCUUGAUCAUCGAAUGCACAUAGCCGCAGCGCAUCGUGCUGCUGUUUGCAUUUACCUUGCUCGCGCAUUGCCAUAUACCAAUCCACUUAUCGACCCCGCCAGCGGCUUCGCGCUUGUCAGUCUUACUGGGCUUGCCGAUGAGAUCAUGCAGCAUGUCUCUUUCUUCAAGCCUGGUGAUACACUCUACAAGUCGAUAAGCUGGCCUCUGUUUCUCGCCGGCGCUGAAUGCGAAGGCCUCACUCGUCGCAAGUGGAUCAUGGACAAGCUGGACGAAUUCUACAAUCUGCUCUAUUGGGGAUAUGUCCACACGGCAAAGAAGACACUGGAGCUAAUAUGGAGUUGCAAGGACAAAUAUGGUGCUACUAGUACUUGUUGGAUCAGCGACAUCGAAGAGUUAGGGUACGAGAUCUUAAUUGCCUGA